CCGAGGGCAUCAUCGCGGCCAUGUAAUCACGCCGCUUUUCCACGAUUAAUCCUCUUCGUCGAUCCCGGGAUUUCCCCAGCUCUCGCUGCGCACCGUUAUUUGUGCAGUAUAAGGUGUAUCGCAUGAUAUUGAGAAGAAAUUCGAACACGGAAUCCGCCGCAACGAAACCCGUACAACGAAUUCGCGGAUAUAAUUCAUGGUGCAGAUUCACGCGACGUAUUCUGAGCUGGUUUCACUUUACCGUGGAAAGGCGAGUAGCGAAACUAUUACACGGUCGCGGUUCAUCAAUGUUGAAAAGCUCCGUGGUAAUAAAACCUGCGGGACACGGCUUGAUGUCAACUUAUAUCUACAGGCACCAGGGUUAAGGGACCAUCCUGCGGCAGGAUGUACGGAGAACAAGGAAUUCCAGCUGCUGAUCGUCCUGCAGUUUGCGUCAACGGGUUUUGGAAGCAGUCGUAUAGCUGCGGGCGAAUCGACGACCCUCGGGGAAUUCUCCUUCAUUCUAUCUCUGGGACUGACCUCCUGGGCAAACGUUUACCAUUUGCACUACUGCGCCGGAUUCGUUGUCACUGAAAGCUGGGUUAUCACUGCUGCCCAUUGUGUCGAGGACGCCGUUCAAGAUGUGGGACGCUACUAUUGGCUGGCUGGGACAAACAAUUUGCGCCAAGGAGGCACCCAGUACUUCAUCGGUCAGAUCGUUAUUCAUCCCGAUUAUGCCCCGGAUGAUUCUCUGAUACACGACGUCGCCUUGGUCAAGGUGAGAAAUCCGUUUGAAUUUUCAAAUACAAUUCAGCCAAUCGGGCUAGCGAGGUCAAGUGCUGAGUCUACAUCAGGAACUCGCGGUGUUGUCGUCGGAUGGGGUGAAGUUUCGCAGACGGUGAUACAACCCGAUGUUUUGCGAAGCGCCGAGGUUACGAUCAUCGACGGAGAUCUCUGCCGCGAAAUAUACGCACCUUGGCACCUGACCAUUCACGAGGAAUAUCAAUUCUGCGCUUUAUCUACCAACGACGAAGCGAAAACAGAGGCGAGGACCGAUUCUCAAAUGAAACUUGAUCGUAGGGCAUGCCGCGGAGACGAAGGAGGGCCCUUCUUUUAUAGGGACCUUCAACCUUCGUUCGCCGUGGACACUGCCAUGGGAUUCGUGUCGUGGACCUAUGGCUGCACGCCCUCAGGCUAUCCGGCUGUAUACGUAAAAAUAUCCCCCUACUUGGAAUGGAUACGUGAAAUUACGGCCUCGUGGAUAUAAUGUAUAAGUUUUGUUAUUUGUGUUGAUAUAAUGUAUAAGCAUUGUUUAUUUAUGAUGUUAAACCAUGUGAUUAAAUUGUUUUUCAUCACAUUACGCGAUCGAUCCUUAGCGUUUGAUGAUUAUCA